GAUGGAUAUGUGGGUGCAAUUAAAAUACGUAAAAGUUAGUCAUUUCAACUUUAAAUAUUAUGAAAAUAUCAAUAAAUAGAUCUUAUCAGGAAUAAUAAAAUUGAAAUCGAAUAAUUUAUUUUCAAAGCCUGAAAAGUACAUGAAAAUAGCUAAGCCGUUGGGUUGGUCAAGCUGGUAGGCAAUGGUCUAUUUGAUUUUUCCAAAAAUAAAAAAGUGAAACCGUGGAUAUAUCUGUAUAAAUCAUUCUAAUAAAUUAAACUUAGAAAAAGAAUAUUUAAAUUUUAUUGUUUCUUUCUCUCAUUAUUUUGUCCUAUUUUCAGAAAAUGGAUAAAGAGGUUAAAGUUGAGAAACAGGCAAGUGCUUUUGAUGACAGUUGGAUUGGAGCUGCACGUAGUGAUACAGCUACUCAGCAGAUCAAGAUCGAGAAGCAGGAGGAUGAAUUUGGAGAAUGUGAAUUAGCAACUAGCAGCAUCAAAGAUGAGUCAUCCUCGCAUAAUGGUUCAAAUUCCAAUCAGAUGGCGAGAGUUAAGCAGGAGAAUGAUAGCAGCCAAGAACCAGCGCCAGAGUGCAGCACUGCAUGCUCUCCAACUGAUGAUGAUUUCAGCCAACAACAUUAUCUAAUCCCGGGCUAUAAUCUAAUAUUCAUCAAAGAGGAAGAAUAUGUUGAGCAAGAGGCAGAAGGAUGCUCAGUGGAGAGUGAACCGGAGAUGUGGCCUUCAAACUGCAGCACAUCUGAAACUGCCAAUGCAACAGAAGUGGGUGGACUGAAUGCACAUUCAAUCUCUCCCAUGGAAGAGUGCACUGAGCCAUCUGUGGCUGGCAAAAAGAUCAAGCUCUACAGCUGUGCUGACUGUAGCUAUAAAACUCCAUCGAUCACUCUUUGGAAGAGACACAUGAGAAAACAUACUGGGGAAAAGCCUUUCAGUUGUGAGUAUUGCGACUAUAAGUGUGCUCAAUCUGGUAAUUUGGAGAGACAUAUCAGAACACAUACAGGAGAAAGACCUUUCAGCUGCAAGUAUUGUGACUAUAAAUGUGCUCAAUCUGGUACUUUGAAGGAACAUAUCAAAACACAUACAGGAGAAACACCUUUCAGCUGCGAGUAUUGUGACUAUAAAUGUGUUCGAUCAAGUGAUUUGAAAAAACAUGUCAGAACACAUACAGGAGAAAGACCUUUCAGCUGCAAGUAUUGUGACUAUAAAUGUGCUCGAACAAGUAAUUUGAAAAGACAUAUAAGAACACAUCAUAAAUGAGAAACAACUACUAGCUGAAAAUGGUUUUAAUGGUUUCUUAGUUAUUCAAGAAAUUGGAUCUACUUUUUCCAUAAGAUCCUUAUUUUUUGUUCAAUCUUAGCAAAUGGGGUGUCAAUGGAUUUGUAAUUAGAUUUACUGGAAAAAGUUAUUCUUGUAUUUUUUUUGUGAAAUAAACGGUUUCUUAGUUAUUCAAGAAAUAAAAAACCUGGAUUUAGUUUUUCCUAAAAAGUGGGAAUGGGGAUCUUCGUUUGAGGUUUAUUGUGAGAUUAGGGGUAUGGCUAGGUUAAGUUAGUUCAGAUUACAUUGGAUUGGGCAAGGUUAGAACCAAGAAUCAGAUUUGAGCUAGCUUUGGGGCAGCUUUUCUUCAGUACUCUCACUUUCCCCCUACUUUAAACAGAUGGUGAUAUUCACCAAAUAGUUUACGAUUCAAGUUAAUUUCAUUAACCCACUCUGUCCUAGCAGGCUUAGCUAAAAUCCAAUAUUUCAAGUAUUUGUUUUUCACUAAGUAAUGUCCGUGCAAAAUUGGACAACGCCAUUUUCUAGACGCUUGACGCUUCCUAUGUGUAUCAUGAACGCUCUGACCACGCCAAGCCUCGCUCCGCUUUCAGUGUGGUUGUACCCUAAAGGUGCGUACAGACUUUCGCUCUGCUCCGCAACCGAACGUCACUCCAGCAGAGCGAUUGAUGAUCGACCGGGGAGCAACAGUGGUUCGACCGGGGAACGCGAGAAGAUUUAACAUCUUCCGUAACGUUCAUGAUGGGUGCGUGGGUGGAGCGACUGUGGUUCGAUGGAGGAACGAGGGCGGUACGAGGGCGGAGCGUGCUCGGUGCGGGUUGGAAGCGCGUAUAUGUGUACGCAGCUUAAGAGGUGAUAGGCCAUGCUUUGGCACUACCUGGAGGGAGGGGAGUCGCUAGGAGUGGUGGGAGAGUAGUGGCAGUCAUCACCGUCGUUGAAGUGCAUGGCAACAGGUCAAAACUUGUCAGAAAUGGUCUCCUAGUGUCUUCCAGACGAGCCUUUGUCACUGACUCCGGUCUGCCUCCAGAUCAAGUGGUGUUCGGUUCGUCCUCUUAGUGACCCCUACCGGUCACCAAAGGUCACCUGACCUGCUUUAUUUCUUUAGAUAAAUGAAAAUGUAAACUCAAAUAGUGCAGCAAAGAAAAAAUAAGCAAUAUAAAUCUGGAGAUGCAAAAACCUAACCUCACAUAUUUUGCUGGAAGUCUUUUGCUGUGAUGACACAACAAUCUAUGACAAUAUGUGUAUCAUGCAUGUCUCACCGUUAGUGGCCAGCCUUAUGAAAUCAACCUCGCACUUUCCAUUACCUGCUCACAUUUAUUGAAACUAUUUUAGGUAAACCUUGUCUUUAUCCAACUAAAUAUUUAUUCAAAGAGGUUAAAGUGUUAACAGUCCGUCAAUUAUAUAUUAAAAACCUCAUAAUUUUCAUCAGAUAUAAUGAAGAUAUUUUUCUAUUCCGUGAAUCAAACCUCACUUCACGACCUUCCAGAAUUAGGUUUGAAAAUAUAAGAAUGGAUCUUAAUGUUUGCCGGAGACAAUAUUUUUACCUAGCUAAUAAAUUAAUCAAUAAAAUUCCAGAUUACCUUACAGAGCAUAUUAAUCGAAAUUCUGUCACAUUGCUUAAAAAAGAACUAUUGAAUGGAUAAUCACCAGUAAAAUCGAGGACAUACUUUUUGAGUGGCUCUUAUCUUUGUUUCAAUAAUAUGUUUGCCAUCUCUCAUUCUUUCUCUUCUCCUCCUUUCUCUCUUUCUUUCACCCUUAUUCCACUUACUCAUCAUCUUCUUUUAUUAAAUAUUAUAAUUAUCAUAUAAUUUCUUAUCCUAUACUAUUAAACGAGCAA